CGUAAAUGUGAAACUUUGGGCUAUUGAUCGGCAAUGUUUUCAAACAAUAAUGAUGAGGACAGGCCUCAUCAAGCAUACUGAGUAUAUGGAAUUUUUAAAAAGUGUUCCAACAUUCCAGAGCCUUCCUGAAGAGAUACUCAGUAAGCUUGCUGAUGUCCUAGAAGAGACACACUAUGAAAAUGGAGAGUACAUUAUCAGGCAAGGUGCCCGAGGGGACACUUUCUUUAUAAUCAGCAAAGGAAAGGUAAAUGUUACUCGUGAAGAUUCUCCCAGUGAAGAGCCAAUUUUUCUCCGCACUUUAGGGAAAGGAGAUUGGUUUGGAGAAAAAGCACUUCAAGGGGAAGAUGUCAGGACAGCCAAUGUCAUUGCCGCUGAAGCAGUAACUUGUCUUGUCAUAGACCGAGACUCUUUCAAACAUUUGAUCGGAGGUCUGGAUGAUGUUUCCAAUAAGGCCUAUGAAGAUGCUGAAGCAAAAGCAAAAUAUGAAGCCGAAGCUGCCUUCUUCGCCAACCUGAAACUGUCUGAUUUCAACAUCAUUGACACACUUGGAGUCGGAGGUUUCGGACGAGUUGAACUGGUCCAGUUGAAAAGUGAAGAAUCCAAAACAUUUGCAAUGAAGAUACUGAAGAAACGUCACAUAGUGGACACUAGACAGCAGGAACACAUACGUUCAGAGAAGCAGAUAAUGCAGGGGGCUCAUUCAGACUUCAUUGUGAGGCUGUACAGGACAUUCAAAGACAGCAAAUAUUUAUACAUGUUGAUGGAAGCCUGUCUAGGUGGAGAGCUUUGGACAAUUCUCAGGGACAGAGGUUCAUUUGAAGAUUCUACAACCAGAUUUUAUACAGCAUGUGUAGUGGAAGCUUUUGCUUAUUUGCAUUCCAAAGGAAUAAUUUAUAGGGACCUCAAGCCAGAAAACCUCAUUCUAGAUCACCGAGGUUAUGCCAAACUGGUCGAUUUUGGCUUUGCAAAAAAAAUAGGAUUUGGAAAAAAAACAUGGACUUUUUGUGGAACUCCAGAGUACGUAGCCCCAGAGAUCAUCUUGAACAAAGGUCAUGACAUUUCAGCAGACUACUGGUCACUGGGAAUCUUAAUGUAUGAACUCUUGACUGGCAGUCCACCUUUCUCAGGCCCAGAUCCCAUGAAGACCUAUAACAUCAUAUUAAGAGGGAUUGACAUGAUUGAAUUUCCAAAGAAGAUUGCCAAAAAUGCUGCUAAUUUAAUUAAAAAACUAUGCAGGGAUAAUCCAUCAGAAAGAUUAGGGAACUUGAAAAAUGGAGUAAAAGAUAUCCAAAAGCACAAAUGGUUUGAGGGCUUUAACUGGGAAGGGUUAAGAAAAGGUACAUUGACACCUCCCAUUAUACCAAGUGUUGCUUCUCCGACGGACACAAGCAAUUUCGACAGUUUCCCUGAGGACAAUGAUGAACCGCCACCUGAUGACAACUCAGGAUGGGAUAUAGACUUUUAAUGUAUUUCUCUUACCUGCUUCUGCCUUGCUGAAGACAGCUUCCCAAGACAUGGCUGCCAGCAAAACUGAAGGAAUUGGGGAGGAUUAGUGCUCGGGGUCACCAUGAUGCCUUGAUUGAUGCUGCUACAGUAACUACAGUGGCAUUAGGACUUAUUGCUUAGAUGACAAUAGUGCUCUUCACAUGUUUUCUGUUUGAACUUAUAAUAGCAGUUGACAUGGUGGUCCUGAAGCAAAGCCUUUUCACCAGUAAAGAAAUGUGUUUUCUAUCACUGCAAUUAUUUUGCUAUGCUCUAAUUAUAAUUUGAAAGAUAAUAGUGUAAGAUACACUUAAAGCUAGUAUUUUACAGCUAGAAUUAUCAGUAGGAUCAAAUGGUAACUAUUUAUGUACUAUAGCUCUCUAUAGUGCAGAAUCUGGGGUACUCCCACACUUCAGAGUGAGUUUGUAGGGUCUUUUACUGCAGGCCAGUGUGAAAACAAAGGAGGACCACACAACUAUUGGUCAAUGAGUUCACGUCAAAGUAGUGUUCAUGACAAGACUGAAUGUUACCUUUCCUUUUUCUUUCUGACAGAUUUUUUUAAGCUGAUAUAACAAAAGCACAACUGCUACAGAUUCUGUUGAGAACUGUUAAGGCAGGUAUGGGUCAGUUCUCACAUAUGACAGAGAACAUGUAAUUAGUAUCUUUCUUUUUUCCUUUGGUACAGUACAUAUUUGCAUGAAAAAAAUCAUAAAAUUAUUCAUUUUACAUAUAAAAAAUGUGCUUACAUAAAGGUCCUAAAAAUAGAAUGACAACAACUGAUCUUCUUAAUUAUCUAUUAGAAAUAAAGACUGAUCUUAAAAUAACACUUACCUUUUAGAACCCAAGGAAGAAAAUCUAAGACCCGUAACAUUCUGUAUAGGUGCUAUGUAUGUCUUUCAUCUAUGACUAUAAAUGUUCAGCGGUCAACAAGCAUUUCAGAGAUAUGUAGCAAGAGACAUCAUUUUUAAUGAUGCUCUAAAAUCAGAAAAUCCUUUAAGACUUCAUAGUGCAUCAUCUCCGCUUUUACUCUGCAGUAUUUAGGAGCCAACAUAGUAUUCUUACUUGUUCUGCUUCUUUUAAAAUAUAUCCAUAACUAGGGCAGUUUACGGAUGACUUUGGCUAUAUUUUUAAUCACUAUAUUUAAAAAUGUAACUAAACCAAUGUUUUCAGUUAGAACACAGUAUGAUAACAAUGAAUCCUAAUAGUCUAUUUGCAAUGGAUGAGAUUCUGAUGGCACAUCACAUAAGUGGAAGAUUGAGAGAGCAACACAGGUCUACUGUGUUUGUGUGAGAUGUGCUAGCAUAUAUAAUUUGCAGUACACAGACACUUUAGUGAUGCAAUGGCUACAGCAUAUAGCCACUGCUAUAAAAAAGAGAAAGGAUACUAUAGGCCUGAAUUCUUCUCUCACUUCCACUGCUUUUACAUCACUGACUCCAGGACAUCAAUGGAGGGUUCAGAAAAAGAACUAUGUAUGUCCAUCAAUGGCUAUUAGUUAGGGUGGGCAGAGUUGGUGUCCAUAGCUUCCGUUUGCCAGAAGCGUUGAAUGGGAAACAGAGGGUUUUGUUCAUUCCCUUUGGGGUACUGGCAUUGGUUAUUGUCAGCAGACAGAAGAAUGGCCGUACUGGGCCAGACAAAUAAUGCUUCUAGCCCGCUAUCCUGAGUCACUCCUGAUUUACACUGAUGUGAGGGAAAAAAACUCUGUAAACUAAUCAUAGGUUUAUUUGAGAGAAUGUAAGUUUACCUCCUCACACUUAUAAGAGGCAUUAGUUUUCCGAACUUGCAAUAGAUCUUACCAGGACCUUAUUAUAUUCAUUGGAACAGCAUAUGAUGCCACAUUUGAUUAUAUAAUGUUAUAGAGUCAAAAAUAUGUGACUUAAUUUGUUGUGCUCCAACACAUCAUAUAUUGAAGCUGUUAAAAGAUCAACAUUUGCCUCACUUGGUACCACACAGUUAUUAUGGCUGUCUCCUGUUCUACAUUUAGAGAAAGAUUACGGUAAUCCCAAGUAACAGUGUAUGGUACCAGUUAGCAAAUAGUUUUCUGUGAUGACCACUGUAUCUAUCCUAAUACAUUAGCAUAUUAAAUGGCAUUCAUGAUUUUUUCAAAGCAUGGGAAUCUAGGCUCUGAUCUUAUCCCAUUGAAAUGGAUGGGCAUUUCUCUAUUAACUUUAAGAGGAACAGGUCCCUAGUGAAGAUUUUGUGGGUUUUUUAUCUUUACCUGUAAAUAUAGGGGAAGCAAAUAGUAGGGGAUUUAUCAGUAACAGAAUGUCGCCCAUGAAUACAUUUUAGUAGGUUUUCAUAGUCAUAAAGGACAUCCAUAGAUUUUGCACCAACAUCAUGUCUACAAUUUGCCAGCAGACUGGAAAGCCUCAUUUACUGUAAGACUGUGUAACUAGUCUAUAUCAUUUAUUUUUACAGUUAUGUACAGUAGGACAUCAGCAGCACCACAUAAUUGCAGGUCAUUUAUGUUACUCAUUAAUCAUGUGUGGCAUUGUAUUAAUAUUUAAAUAUGCUGAAGCAAUCAUUUAAAAACAACAUCUACUGGGAACUACUUGUAUACAACAAGUAUAACACCUACUUAGUAUUUUAAAUCCAUACGUUAAAUGUUUAAAAUUGUCUGAACGCAGACAGUAGAUAUUAGGGCUAAAACAAUCACAUAGUCAUCUUAGUUAAAAAAAAAAAUGUACAGGCAGUCCCCAGGUUACGUACAAGAUAAGAACAAACCUACAGUCCCUAAGU